AUUUAUUCAUAAUUUUCAGGCAAACUUUUUUAUAUUUUUCUCUCUGUUUACUGUGUGUGUGUAUAUAUAUUUAUAUAUUGAUCUACAAAUCUACGGCGUAAACAUUUGUUAAUGGAGAAAUUAUUGGAGCCGGAGGCAUUUGAUUUGCCGGCGAAAAAUCCGUCGGUAGAAGCUCAGAGGAGGUGGAGAGAUGCUGUUUCGUUCGUUAGGAAUCGCCGGCGAAGGUUCCGAUAUGCUCCGAAUCUGGAGAAACGUGAAGAGGCUAAAGAGCUCAUGGAGAAAACUAGAGAAAAGAUUCGAGUUGGUUUCAUGGCUUAUAUGGCAGCACUCAAGUUCAUUGAUGCUGGUGAUCACGGUAGGUCAUCCGACCAGAUUAGGGAUGAUAUAGGGGCUGAACUGGCAAAAGACUUGCCAGAAGAAGCUCGGAAAGCUGGUUUUGGAAUUAACCCAGAUAGACUUGCAUCUAUAGUUGGUUCCUAUGAUAUAAAAACCUUAAAGAAACUUGGAGGUGUUGAAGGGCUUGCAGGUAAGUUGAAAGUCUCAUCAAAUGAAGGAGUCAAAUCGAGUGACGUAUCUGUCAGACAAAAUAUAUAUGGAUCGAACAAAUUUACCGAGAAACCGUUUAGAAGUUUUUGGACAUUUGUGUGGGAGGCUCUGCAUGAUUUAACUCUCGUCAUAUUGAUAGUUUGUUCUGUUGUUUCUAUUGGUGUGGGACUUGCUACUGAAGGGUGGCCACAUGGAACAUAUGAUGGCUUAGGAAUUCUACUCAGCAUAGUAUUGGUAGUCAUGGUUACUGCAAUUAGUGACUAUAGGCAGUCGUUGCAGUUCAGAGAUUUGGAUAAGGAGAAGAAAAAGAUAUCUAUCCAGGUCACAAGAGAUGGAUCAAGGCAGAAGGUUUCCAUUUAUGACUUGGUGGUUGGUGAUGUAGUUCACUUAUCUAUUGGAGAUCUGGUUCCAGCUGAUGGAAUAUUCAUAUCAGGAUAUAGCUUGCUAAUUGAUCAAUCGAGCUUGUCUGGUGAGAGUGUACCAGUAAGCCUAUCUGAGAAAAGACCUUUUCUUCUAUCAGGAACCAAAGUACAAGACGGUUCAGCUAAGAUGCUAGUGAGCACUGUUGGUAUGAGAACUGAAUGGGGUAAGCUGAUGGAAACUCUUAGCGAGGGAGGAGAAGACGAGACUCCUCUGCAAGUUAAACUGAAUGGUGUUGCCACUAUUAUUGGAAAGAUAGGACUGGGAUUUGCUGUGGUGACAUUUCUUGUAUUAAUAGUCAGAUUUCUGGUGGAUAAAGCUACUCACCAUCAACUCACAAAUUGGUCUUCCAGUGAUGCAUUAACUCUUCUAGAUUACUUCGCCACAGCUGUAACUAUAAUCGUUGUUGCAGUUCCAGAAGGACUACCUCUGGCUGUUACAUUAAGCCUUGCAUUUGCGAUGAAAAAGUUAAUGGACAAUAAAGCAUUGGUGAGGUAUCUUUCUGCUUGUGAGACAAUGGGUUCAGCUACUUGCAUCUGCACCGAUAAGACAGGAACACUAACAACAAACCAUAUGGUAGUAGAUAAAAUAUGGAUUUGUGAAAAGGCUAAAAAGGUAGAAAAUGGUGGAUCCACAGAUGCAAUAACAGAUUUAUCAGAAAAUGCACAGGACUUACUAUUGCAGGCAAUAUUUCAUAAUACAGCAGCUGAGGUGGUUAAAGACAAGGAUGGAAAGAAAUCUGUUCUGGGUUCACCCACAGAAUCUGCAAUAUUAGAUUAUGGAUUACUUCUUGGUGAUAUUGAUGAUAAAAAAAGGAAUUGUAAAUUGCUGAAGGUUGAACCUUUCAAUUCAGCAAAGAAAAGAAUGUCAGUGCUUGUUGCUCUUCCUGAUAGCAACACCCGUGCUUUCUGCAAGGGUGCAUCCGAGAUAGUCCUAAAAAUGUGUGACAGGUUUAUUGAUUCUAAUGGUGAAAUUGUUGAUAUGUCAGAAGAACAGGCUACAAACAUCACGAAUGUAAUUAAUGAGUUUGCUGAUGAAGCCUUGCGUACUCUUUGCUUGGCUUUCAAGGACGUUGGAGAUGGUUAUCAAGAAAAUAAUAUUCCUGAAAGUGGCUAUAUAUUGGUUGCAGUAGUUGGAAUCAAAGAUCCAGUUCGUCCUGGUGUGAAAGAGGCAGUUGAAACUUGUUUAGCGGCUGGAAUUACUGUAAGGAUGGUCACAGGGGACAAUAUUCAUACAGCCAAAGCCAUUGCUAAAGAAUGUGGUAUACUAACUGAUGAUGGUUUGGCCAUUGAAGGCUCAGAAUUCCGCAACAAAAGUCCUGAUGAAAUGAGGCAAAUAAUUCCUAGAAUUCAGGUUAUGGCUCGAUCAUCCCCUACUGACAAGCACGUGCUGGUAAAGAAUUUGAGAGGCAUGUUUAAAGAAGUUGUUGCAGUUACGGGUGAUGGCACAAAUGAUGCCCCCGCAUUGCAUGAGUCAGAUAUUGGACUUGCUAUGGGUAUAGCAGGAACAGAGGUUGCGAAAGAAAGUGCUGAUAUUAUAGUGCUUGAUGACAACUUUAGCACAAUUGUGAAUGUGGCUAAAUGGGGCCGUUCUGUAUAUAUAAACAUUCAAAAAUUCGUGCAAUUCCAGUUGACUGUCAAUGUUGUGGCUCUGAUGAUCAAUUUUAUUUCUGCAUGCGUCUCAGGAUCUGCUCCUCUUACAGCUGUUCAGCUUCUUUGGGUCAACCUUAUCAUGGAUACUUUAGGUGCCCUGGCGCUGGCCACUGAACCACCUCAUGACGGACUAAUGAGUAGUAGGCCUGUUGGGAGGGAUGUAAGUUUCAUUACAACGACAAUGUGGAGAAAUAUAAUAGGGCACAGUAUCUACCAGCUGGCUGUACUCUUAGCCUUCAACUUCGCGGGGAAGCAGAUUUUGAAACUUGAAGGUUCAGAUUCUACAACGGUUCUGAAUACUUUCAUUUUUAACACCUUUGUGUUUUGUCAGGUAUUCAAUGAAAUAAACAGCCGUGACAUGGAGAAGAUAAACAUUUUCCGUGGCAUUUUUGGCAGCUGGAUUUUUAUAGGCGUCAUGCUUGCUACAGUUGUUUUCCAAGUUAUCAUUGUCGAGUUCUUAGGCACUUUUGCCAGCACUACACCGCUUAGCUGGCAACUAUGGCUUCUCAGUGUCUUAAUUGGCGCUGUAAGCUUGAUCGUCGCUGUUAUUUUGAAGUUGAUCCCUGUCGAAAAGGAAACUCCUAAGCACCAUGAUGGUUAUGAUCUGCUCCCAGGUGGUCCAGAACUUGCCUAGGAGUGAGGUUUGAACUAUGCCACAUGCAAAAUCCUGACUUUUACAUGGAGAAGAAUAGAGAUGCGGACUCAUUCUCCAUCGAGUUUUAAAUUGUGCCCCACUGGCUUUCAAGAAUUUCUCGGUUAUGAAAAAACUCUUAAAGAGGUUAGUUAGCAUGUCAAGAUAUCAUCAUCAAAGUUUAUUUCAAUCAUUUAAGCAUAAAUGCAGGCCCAGCAAUCUUAUCAUCGAUAGAAAUUUUUGAGUAAAACAGACAUAUGACAUAGCACAAACGCAAAAAGAUAUCAAAAAAGACAUUAGAAUUACUUUAAUAUAUCAACAUCAGAGUCAGAUACAGAUGCAUACAUCUUAUCGUCUCGAUGUAAAGAAUACAACUAAUGAACGGGAACAACUUCCGGGCUAAUCUACCAGAACAGAAUUGGCUUUCUAUAUAUUCAUCAUCUAAAACAACGAUUUUUAUCAGCUGUCCCUUUUCUAUUUCCUCUGUCUGUCUAUGUUCUACAACCUACAACGUAGCAGUGAAAUCCUUUUUAUCUCAAGUCUACAAUAUAUGUCUCUCUAAACUUCAAGAAAACAAAAGCAUGGGGCUUCAUCGUAGAAGAAACAGACGCAUCUCAGCUCAUUUAUGUCUUCUUUUGGCUUCUCCAUAAGCAACAACCCCCAUCACGGUCAAUGUAUAGCCUGCGAUUCCAGUAAAAGUUACAGGGUUUCGGAAAAGAAGUAUUGAUAUAACAACAGCCACAGCACCUUUAGCGUUUCCUAGGACCUACAGAAGUUGACAGAGUAUGAAGAUGUUAGAACGAGUCAAAAGCAGUAGAUACCGUGAUAUAAUGUGAAAUUGCAUGAGUAAUUUCUGAGAAACAACUAACUUCUCGUGUUAGAACUAUUUCAGAAAAUUAAUCUGGUGUGAUGUGAUAUUAAACUCCUAUUUUAUUGUAUACGCAGCAGUAAAAAAAAUAAAUAUAUACAUCCAUUAUAUUUGAAUGUGUAAUAAAGUUCAUCAAAUAAUUGGUGUCUGUCAUAUACAUUUGUCAUCUUUUGGCUCGACUCUUCAAAAAUGCCGACAUGUGGUUGCUAGAUCCUCUAAAAGUAGUGUAUUUUUGGAAGAUCCGACACGGGCACAACAACAUUUUUGCAGAGUCUGAGCAACAUAGCUUUGUCAUAUACAUUUAUCAUGCUACCAUGUAUUAUCUUUUAAAUUUUAAGCACAAGAGGAUUGAAUAAACUUCAAUUUUUGUCCGUUUAGCAUUGGAAAACAUUGCAUCAUUUUUUAAUUUUCGACUAAUUCCACGGGAUACUUGCCACCUCCUACCAGCAGCAGGUACCAGGUAAUUCUGUCCACCAAGUCUAUAACAGAUAGGAAGAAAUUGCCUAGUGUUUUUUGUCUCUGAGGGGAUUUGAAGAGACCUCAUGGUUCUCAACCCACCUCAUUGACCAUUGGGCCACACCCUUGAGUGCGAAAAAUACAUUGUAUCAUUUACGGGACGAAUGAG